AUGAUUGCAGGUUUAGAAUUGGCACAAGAGCUCAGAAUAGAGAAGGUCAUAAUCAAAAGCGAUUCACAGCUCAUGGUUAACCAAAUGCAGGGGACUUAUACAGCUAGAGAAGCAAAGAUGCAACAAUACCUAGAAAAGAUACCAAGGGAAGAGAAUGUCGAGGCAAAUGCUUUAGCUAAUCUUGCAUCCGCUGCGGAAGUAACAAAUGAAGAAAACGCUUCCGUAAUACAUUUAUUUCAUUCAGUGCUUGAUCAAGAUAAAAACGAGUUAAAUUACAAUGACCUAACUUGGGAUUGGAGAAACGAGAUUGUCAAUUUUUUGCAGUACGGAAUAUUACUUGAAGAUAAUAAAAAGGCUCAGGCACUUCACCAAAAGGCUGCUCGUUACUGUUUAAAUCAGGGCAAUUUAUAUCGGAAAAUGUUCGGUGGCCCCCUAGCAAGAUGUCUCGGGCCUUCUCAAACGGAAUAUAUGAUGAGAGAAAUACACGAGGGACAUUGUGGAAAUCACGCUGGAGGAAGAUCUUUGGUAAAAACCAUAAUUAGAGCUGGCUAUUAUUGGCUAAAAAUGGAAGAAAAAGCGGAGAAUUUUAUGGCUAAAUGUGACAAGUGCCAAAGAUAUGGCAACAACAUGCAUCGACCAACUGAAUUAUUACAUCCAGUCAUUACACCAUGGCCUUUUAUGAAGUGGGCGAUGGAUAUCGUAGGUCCACUUCCACAAGCCAAAGUGGCCAAUGGACAAGUUGAAUCAACAAAUAAAGUUAUUAUCAACAACUUAAAGAAAAGACUAGAAGAGUCAAAGGAUAAGUGGCCAGAAGUACUACUUGGAGUCUUGUGGGCUUACCGAACAACAGCAAAAACAAGUACGGGAGAAAUACUGUUUUCACUUGUAUACGGAGCUGAAGCCUUAAUUCCAGUCGAAAUAGGGGAGCCAAGUACGAAAUAUACUCAAGCUACUAAAGAGUCGAAUGAAGAAGAGAUGCGAGUAAAUUUGGAUUUACUUGAAGAAAGGAGGGAAACUGCCUUAAUAAAGGUGGCAACGCAAAAACAAGUUAUUGAGCGGUAUUACAAUCGGAAAGCUCGUCUCGAAUACUUCAAGAUUGGGGACUACGUACUCAAGAAAGUUUUCCAAUCCACGAGGGCAGCCAAUGCAAGGAAGUUAAGUCCAAAUUGGGAAGGGCCUUACAAGAUUCACGGUAUCGCAGGAAAAGGUGCAUACAAGCUUGAAAUAUUGGAUGGCAAGAUUCUACCUUCAAAUUUGAAUGUUGUUCAUCUAAAGAAGUACUAUUUCUAA